CCAGCAGUGGCGUAAACAAUUGCAGCGAUCCACCAUUUCUACCGCGGUAUUCAUUUAAACGACAAGCUGCGGUGAGAAGGGCUUCCACUGCGCGUGGUCCAUCAUUCGCUCGCAGAAUCUCAUCCGUUCACAGCAUCACCCCCGUGAGCUCUCGACUCUCUGACCAACAUCAAACCAAUCGCCCUACCGAGGUAAAAACGCGAUCAUGACGACUAAGAAUAAUAGCGCUUACGGCUCUAAUCCUGCAUGGCCACCAGGGGACGCCCACGCCCGAACAGCUGACGGGGUCCCCGUCGACUUGACCCGACAGAUGGGCCCUGGCAUCCAGGCGCUGGCGGGCACCGCGGGUUGCGGCCUCCUGCUGCUGGUGGUGCUCCUCGCAGCGGCGCGUCGCCGUCUCCACGGGCGGCCCUCGCUGCUGGCCCUCAUGUCCGGCAGCAUGCGCGGCAAGACCGUGGUGGUCACCGGUGCCAACUGCGGCCUGGGCCGCGCCACCACGCUGGCCCUCGCCCGCCUCGGGGCCCGCGUCAUCUUGGCGGUGCGCGAUGUGGCGCUGGGCGAGGAGGCGGCGGGCGAACUUCGUCGGGAGCUGGGCCACGUGGAGGCCGAGCUGCUGGUGGUGCGCCAACUGGACCUCGCCUCCCUGGCGUCGGUGCGUCGCUUCUGCGCGCGGAUGGAGCGUGAGGAGGAGCGGCUGGACGUGCUGGUGAACAACGCGGGGGUGUUCCGCUGCCCCUACGCGCUCACCGAGGACGGCUUCGAGACGCAGUUCGGGGUCAACCACCUGGGUCACUUCCUGCUCACCGCCUUGCUGCUGCCGCUGCUGGGCCGCUCGGUGCCCAGCCGGGUCGUGGUGGUGUCGUCGGCCCUCUACAAGCAGGGCCGCGUCAACUUCGACGACCUCGCCAGCGAGCGAUCCUACGACCCCGCGGCCGCGUACGCACGCAGCAAGUUGGCCAACGUGAUGUUCGCACGCGAGUUGGCACGGCGCCUGCGUGGCCGGGGCAUCACGGCCAACGCGCUGCACCCGGGCAUCGUGCGCACCAACCUGGGCCGACACGUCUCCAUGCCGGCCCUGGCACGGCCGCUCUUCAACCUUCUCGCCUGGGCCGCGUUCCGCUCCCCCGAGCAGGGAGCCCGCACCGCCGUCUUCCUCGCCGCCUCGCCCGACGUGGCCGACGUCAGCGGCGCCUACUUCGGCGACUGCCGCCAGGAGGAGCUCCUGCCCGUCGCCACGGAUGAUGCCGUGGCCGCGAAAUUGUGGGAGGUCAGCGAGCGACUGGUGGGCCUGCGCUCUGGGGGGCCCGAUGGCCUCCCCCUAGCACCGUCCGAGCCCGACUCGGACCCCGAGGAGCGACCCCCCCAACGCGGCGACGCUAAGACGGCCCCCUGAGCAUGGGCCGCGGCCGUGAUGCGCGGGCCGAUGCUGCUCCUAAUGUCUAUUUUCUGCUCUCGGCUGCAGGCUGAGGAGGCUAUAAAUUCAAGCCUUGGGUAUGACGUGUGUCGGUGUAUUCAUCGAGUGACUUAGAGCGCGAUGGCAGUGGCUUCAUCAUCGAGACCCAUGCACUCGUAGAGACCCAUAGACUCACAUAGAGACCCAUGCGCUCGUAGAGACCCAUAGACUCACAUAGAGACCUUUAGACUCACAUAGAGACCCAUGCACUCGUAGAGACCCAUAGACUCACAUAGAGACCCAUGCACUCGUAGAGACCCAUAGACUCACAUAGAGACCUUUAGACUCACAUAGAGACCCAUGCACUCGUAGAGACCCAUAGACUCACAUAGAGACCUUUAGACUCACAUAGAGACCCAUGCACUCGUAGAGACCCAUAGACUCGCAUCGAGACCCAUGCACUCGUAGAGACCCAUAGACUCACAUCGAGACCCAUGCACUCGUAGAGACCCAUAGACUCACAUCGAGACCUUUGCACUCGUAGAGACCCAUAGACUCACAUCGAGACCCAUGCACUCGUAGAGACCCAUAGACUCACAUCGAGACCUUUGCACUCGUAGAGACCCAUAGACUCACAUCGAGACCCAUGCACUCGUAGAGACCCAUAGACUCACAUCGAGACCUUUGCACUCGUAGAGACCCAUAGACUCACAUCGAGACCUUUGCACUCGUAGAGACCCAUAGACUCACAUCGAGACCCAUGCACUCGUAGAGACCCAUAGACUCACAUCGAGACCUUUGCACUCGUAGAGACCCAUAGACUCACAUCGAGAACUUUAGACUCACAUAGAGACCCAUGCACUCGUAGAGACCCAUAGACUCACAUCGAGACCCAUGCACUCGUAGAGACCCAUAGACUCACAUAGAGACCCAUGCACUCGUAGAGACCCAUAGAUUCACAUCGAGAACUUUAGACUCACAUUGAGACUCAUGCACUCGUAGAGACCCAUAAUAGACUCACAUCAAGACUCUUAGACUCACAUUGAGACCCAUGCACUCAUAAGAGACCCAUAGACUCGCAUCAAUACUUUUAGACUCACAUUGAGACCCAUGCACUCAUAAGAGACCCAUAAUAGACUCUCACCGAGACCUUUAGACUCGCAUUGAGACCCAUGCACUCAUAAGAGACCCAUAAUAGACUCACAUCAAGACUGUUAGACUCACAUUGAGACCCAUGCACUUACAGAGACCCAUUUCCUGACAUCGAGACCGUCGACCCCCAUAGCCGGGCAGUGAUGGCGCACGUCUGUAAUCCAGUGCUCUGGUGGUUGAGGGUUGCUGGAUCACCGCAUAAAUGUUAAGAAACUCCCUUCCCGUGGGGGUCGACGAGGAGCCCGUACCCCUGACUCGCCACGAGAUGGCAGUACAGCAAAGAUGUGGACUCCACCUGGGUCAGAGGUCGCAACCGGGUCCCCGAUACCCGUACCCUACCCGUACGGGUAGCCGUUUGCGACCCUGGUGCGGCCGGGUACGGGUAGGCCAUGAGUCACUGGUGAGUAACUGUUUGUCACUCAUUUCGGGUAGGGAAUCAAAACCCGUUUGCGACCUCUGGUCAGGGUGGUUUCCCCCUGGCACGCGUGCGUUUUCUCCGGGUGCUCCGGUUUUUCUCCGACAUGUAAACACUCAUUAAUUGGCCGAUAUCACCUUAAAUGAUAUAUAGAGGACUGCAGAGCUUUGGAAAAUUGUUGGCACCGGCUUGUCGCGUUAGAUUCCUGCUUGUCUGUGGUUUCUCGCUCUCUUCUCAGUCGUUCUCUCUGUACGAGAUAAAGUGAAUGCCGUGCGCGUUACGAGGUGACAUUCUUAUUAGGGACCCACUUAAAAACUGUAAUGUGAUGGCAGUGGUUCAUUGCUAGCUCUCUUCCUGUAUGUACACCACACACAGAUACACAUAACAGCACACGCCCAGUUACGCACACGCCUAUGCACUUGAGAACAUUAUAGUCGGAGAACUCAUUAAUACAAAAGCCUAUUUUUCCAGGGAGGUGAUGCAUUCCAUUCAGAUUUACAGGAAAAUGUAGCAAGUCACAUAAAUCGCCUUCGUCAACAUUUGUUGCUGCUCCUGCUGCGUUGGCAGUGGUGCACAAGCAACGAAGAAAGUGCUCCAGCAAAUUCGGUAACGACACUGUUUGGCCUUAAAAGAAAAAAAAUGUGACGUUUUGGUCAAUGGCCCUUCUCCAUAAUACACAAACUACGUGAUAUGAAGACGAGCCAAUGGCCGAAACAUUGCCUAUUUUAUAUUUUUUGUGUAUUUUUUCUUUAGGGCCACAGUGUUGUUGACGAAUGUGUUGAUGUUUUUAUCCCUUAAUUGGUACGCUCAGUUUAGAUUUCAAACUCUCCAUAUAUACCACGAUAAUGUAGAUGGGAAGCUUCAGGGAAGGUGUCCCUUUAAUUUAGAUAAACAAAGAUUUUACUGGCUUUGUGCGAGCCAAGUAAUUGUUCAUCAUCGUCAUCAUCACGUGCUGCCAUCACGAUGCAGUCGUCAACGACCCGAAAACCCGGGGUGGAGUUUGUACCGUCUUCCACCUGGAGCCUGGACUUUACUUGUGUGGAGGUGCACGCCCGCGAACGAGUGCACAUUGUUUGCUGUGCCCACGUCUCCCAUGCCGCACUGACCGGUUGUUUCUGUGGCCUUUCACUUGGUCAAAUAAAGGCCUCCCGAUGGAUUUUCUGUGA